AUGUCAAUUCUAUUAAAUUCCAUCGAUUGUCCAUAUUUAACAAAUGAUUGUCUUAAUUAUCUAAAUGAACACUAUUCAAUCUAUACAACAAAUGAGUUCGCAUUAUGGUUAAUAAAAUCGAAUGAUAAAACUCAUAAUUUAUCGUUAAAAACAAUUGAAUGUAUUCAAUCAUGUAUUAUAGCUCAUACUUGCAAACUUGAAAAUCGUUUAAUAUUAAAUAUAAAUUCAUAUAAAUUAAAUUAUUUUAUAUUUGAUAAUGAAAAUCUUUUGAAAUCUAAUCGUCAUUUAAUAUUUAUCUAUGAAUAUUUUAAUCAAAAUCAAUGGAAUAAAUUUUUUAAUAUAUUUUUACUUCGUUUAUUUCUUAAAAAUUCAUCAAUUAAAAUUAAAUAUUUAAAUACAAAUAUAAGUUUAUUUGAUUUAAAUUAUUUUUAUUAUCAUUAUUGUCAUUUAAAUGAAAAUAUAUCUAAACAACGAAAUGAAUUAUUUGAAAAAUAUUUUUAUUUUACUCAAUGUUUUGAUUUAGAAAUAUUCGAAAAUGAAUUAGAUUUUAUUGAAAAUAAUGAAAAUUUUAUUCAAAUAUUAAUUAUCGAUGAUUUUUUCUCAUUAAUUAAACCUUAUUUAAAUCUUGAUAAACGUAUAAAAGGAAAAAUUCUUCAAUUAACAUACCGUCUAAAUCGUCUUGCACAAAAACAAUCAAUAUUAAUUAUAAAUGGUUUAAUAUUAAAUACAAAAAAACGUAUAAAAAAUUUCGAUGAAAAUUUUGCAUUGAAAGAUGAUAGACGUUUUGAUUCAUUUCAUGCUGAUAAAUAUAUUUUAUUUCAAUCAUUAACAACAAUAGAAAAGAAUAUUUAUUUUACAAUUAUUAAUGAGAAUAAAGAAAAUAAUCAAUUGAUUAACUCAAAUUUAGAUCUUGAUCAAUGGAUAGAUGGUAAGUUUUUAAAUAAGUCCUAA